AUGGAUUCGUCUGCCCCUAGGUUCGCCAACAUUGGUUUCGCGGGCAUUCUCGACGCCGACCCGCGACCGGUAUUCAUCGUUGCCAAACCCACCGCGAACAAAUCAUCCAUACGAGACAUCGUCUACAAGAACAGAGCACUGGCGAAUAGCUCAACGCUUUCGGAAGCGAUAUUCAACCUUACGAACAAUGACGGACACGUACCGUUCUGGGACUGGGUGCUCACGCCUCAGCCGUCGCAGUCUUCUGACCACGACCGUUGUAUAACAUACAUGGGUGUCUAUUGGACAAGGACCAUGCUGCUGGACAAAUGGAUCGUCAUGAGCGGGAAUGACUCACCUCCUUGCUUGGAGCCCCCGCGCAAGCUCAGGGCCGAGGGCAAAGGCAGAUCACUAUCCAAUGCACCAGAGGACGACACCACAAGCGUCGUUGAUUUUGCCACGCCGCCCAGGGAACCACACGAAUCCAAGGUGACCAAGGUCUUCCGCGCAGAAGCCGAUCCUGGCCUCCAACCACCUGAUUUCACGCCCGACCCGGAACCGUUCCUGCACGUUAUCCAGAGUGUGGACUGGGAGUCGCAUAAGUUGGGACCUAUGGAUGAGUGGCCAGCGGGUCUGCAACAGGCAUUCCAUCAGACGAUCCCGGACUCGAGAGCGAUUGCCACGUACUGGGGCCCCAAGUAUCGGGCGAUCUAUAACGAGGCAUUCUCCAAGUUCUGCGGCUCGAUGCAUCCAAGGUUACUGGGCGAGCCUGUUCUGGAGAGUUGGGGUCACUUGAAGGAAGAUCUCGACAACCUGUGGAACGCACCGCCGAGCAAACGAGGCAAGAAGAUUGAGGAUGAGUCGCGCUUCUUCAUAGAGAAGGAGGAUGGGCAUCUGGAGGAGACCUACGUCAAGUGGUCAUUGCAACCCAUUGUGGAGAACCGCAAGGUGGUCGGGAUCCAGCACUGGCUACUCGAGACCACUUCCAUGAGGUUAUGGGAAAGGCGAAUGAAGAUGCUUGUGGAUUUGGGCAACACUCUAGUCCUCGCCAGAGAUGUGAAGUCGUACUGGCAGCGGAUAUUGGAAGAAAUUGAGCGUUGGGAUGAGCAUGAUGUGCCACUGGCAUUCGUCUACUCAGUGGACGAAGACGACGAUGCGGCAUCUUCAAAUUCCCGGUACGAUUGCCCAAAGACAUGUCACCUGGCCGGCUCACUGGGCGUUCCCAAGAAUCACCCGAUCGCGCCGGAAACAUUGGAGCUACGAGACACGAACGAGGGACUGUCGCCCAUCUUCCGCGAGGCGCUGCACGCGCAGAUUGCGCUCCUGGUGCAGACCAAAGACGACAGCUUACCUGAAAGGCUGCUGGCUGGCCUGGAGUGGCGAGGCUUUGGCGAUCCGUGCGAUGCCGCGGUCAUUCUGCCCAUCAGGCCGACACAAGAUGAAGCUCUAAUGGGAAUAUUGUUCCUGGGCCUGAAUCCCCGACGGCCGUACGACAACGAGUACAGGCAGUUCAUCUCGCUUCUGAACCAGAAGCUCACAAGCUCACUCGCAUCGACCAUUCUUCUCGAAGAGGAAGCGCGGCGCGGACGCAAUGCAGCUUCGCAGGCCGCCUACAACACAGCCAUGCUCCAGAAGAAGCUUGCAUGGCAGACUGAGCAGGCUCAUAAGUCUACUCAGAAUUUUAUGGCUGUUUCAGAAUUCAUUCCCGUGGGCAUGUCAUUUGUGGACAACAAGGGCAACGUAACCUUUGCGAAUGAGACGUGGCACCGACUCACGCGGUACCCCGAGGGCUGCGUUGACCAAAUGGCGCUGCUCGAUUGCGUGAUCCCGGAGGACAAGCCGAAGAUUAUGCAGGCCUACAGAGACCUUGAAAGAGUCGACGUGACGUCGUUCGAGUUUCGCAUCCCACGCGGCGGCGACGAUGGCAUGCCGUCGCCCUACGACGACCGCGUUGGACGACACAUCCUGGCGUCUGCCAAGGUCGAGCGGGAUGACACGGGCGCUGUGCUGCGCAUGCUGACAUGUCUGAUGGAUGUGACGGAGCAGAAGAACACGGCCGAGGAGGCAGUACGGAGGGCGCAGGAGGCCGAGAAUCUCAAGCGUCUAGCAGAGUUUGCCACCGUCGGAAUGUACGACGUCAGCCUCGACGGACGACUGCUCAGCGCAAACGACUCCUUUUGGGAGCUCAGCGGACUGCCCAAGGUGGACCCCACCAAGUCCUAUGUCGAGCCGUGGAAGCUCUGUGUGGUGGAGGAGGACUUGCCGGUGGUCAAGGCGAGUCUGGACAGGCUGAGGACGUCGGGGCGGUCGCAGAGUGCGGACAUUCGGCUCAAGACGACCUGGACGGCGGAGGACAAUAGCGGCAAUGCCAUUGCGGCAGCCCGGUCGGUGUCGGCGUCCUUCAUGCCUGUCACGAGCUCGGAGGGCGUGAUCCAGUCGUUCACGGGCUGCAUCAGCGACGUGUCGAUGCAAAAGUGGCAGCUGGAGCAGGAGAAGAAGCGCAAGGAGGAGGCGAUUGAGUCGAAGCGACAGCAAGAGAACUUUAUCGACAUGACAUCGCACGAGAUGCGCAACCCGCUGAGCGCCAUUGUUCACUGCACGGACGCGAUCAUUGCGUCGCUGUCGAGAAUUGAGGAGCUGGAAGGGGUGACUACGCCUGUACCGGCCGGGACGAACGCUGCCGACUCUCUCAUGCUGGCACAACAGGCCGAGAGGAGAGAGGUGGAGGAGGCCAAGAAGGCGGAAGCCAAAAAGCUGCUGCGCGAUGCCAUUGAUCACGCCGAGACCAUCGAGACAUGUGCUCAGCACCAGAAGCGCAUUGUCGACGACAUUCUCACCAUGUCAAAGCUCGACUCGAAGCUCUUGGCCGUGACGCCCUGCACUGUCAACCCAAUCAACAUUGUCACGGACGCGCUCAAAAUGUUCGAGGUAGAAGCACGUCGUGUGGACAUUGUCCUCACGUCCGUCGUGGAUCCAUCCUACACAGCGCUCGGGCAUGAGUACCUCGACCUGGACCCAUCACGCGUCAAGCAGGUGCUCAUCAAUCUCCUUACCAACGCGCUCAAAUUCACCAAGACGGGCAAUGUCCGAAACGUGACCAUAUACUGCAAAGGAUCCAGGGAGCCGCCGGGCGGCGAGAUGACGACGGCCGAGUUCAUCCCGCGCUUCAAGGAGCCGGCGGACGAGUACGAGCAGCCGGCGCUGAAGAACCGCACGGACCCGGUGUAUCUGCUCUUCGAGGUCAAGGACACGGGUCAGGGUCUGAGUGCGGAGGAGCGCAGCAGCCUGUUCAACAAGUUUGUGCAGGCCAGCGCCAAGACCCACGUCAAGUAUGGCGGAUCCGGUCUCGGGCUGUUCAUCUCGCGGCGUCUGACGGAGCUGCAGAACGGGGCGAUUGGUGUGUCGAGCCAGCAGGGCGUCGGGUCGACGUUUGCGUUCUACGUCGAGUCCUACGUGCCGAGCGAGACGGCGCUCAAGGACGCGCAGGCGGCCGCGGCUGCGGCAAGAAUCGUGGCCAGCUCGUUGGGCGUCAAUGGCGAGCCCGACUCGAGCUCCGAGGCUACCGGAUGGAAACGCGGCCUACUCUCGAGCCAGCGCAUGCCGCGACGACUGCGUCCCGGCGCCAGCAACGCGCGCCUGGACGGUAUUCUGGUGGUCGAGGACAAUCUGAUCAACCAACACAUUACGCGGCGCAGCCUGUCGAAGAGGGGCUACUCGGUGGACGUGGCGAACCAUGGCAUCGAGGCUCUCGAGAAACUGCGCAAAUCACUGGUCGGACUCACGAUUGGGACGCAAACCAACAGCAACGGAGGUGGCGAUGUUGAAGCGCCGGGUAGUCCUGAUGCGCAGGGCCAGCAGCAGCAACCGAUACUGAUCAACGUUGUGUUGAUGGAUGUGGAAAUGCCAGUGCAGGAUGGACUGACAUGUACGCGGCACAUUCGCGAGCUCGAGGCGCAGGGCGAGGUGCUGUGCGCGUCAGGAGGCAGGGUGCCCAUCAUCGCGGUGACGGCCAACGCGCGACCGGAGCAGGUGACGGAGGCGAAGCAGGCCGGGUGCGACGACGUGCUGGUCAAGCCGUAUAAGAUGCCCGUGUUAAUAGAGAUGAUGCAGGUUGUGGUGCGACGCAUCGGGUCGUCGAGCCCAAGCUCGUCGGCGAGUGGAGGCGCAUGA